AGCCACAACAGCACCAAACCAAACCAUCAUCCACAAUUAUGGCGACCAUGGUGGAAGAUCAGCUUUCGAUUGAUAUGAAUGAGGAUAAAGAUUCAGCUUUUCCAAUUACACACAAUUGGGUGGAUAUCACUCAAGAGUUUUUCGAAGCGAUUACAGAGUUAGAACUGGGAGAAUUGCUACAUGAUGAGUUAUUUGGAUUAUUUGAAGCCAUGUCUGCUAUUGAGAUGAUGGAUCCAAAAAUGGAUGCUGGCAUGCUGUGUAAUCGAGGAAACAACAAGCCUUGCACUUUUACGCAAGCAGUAGAUUCAGGAACAAUUAAAUUGGACAAUUUUACACCAGCAGAAAUAAUAGGAAUAAUUGAUUCAACAUAUGCAUGUAUAGUGUCCUGGUUGGAAGGUCACAGUCUUGCACAAACUGUUUUCACCAAUUUAUAUUUGCAUCAGCCUGGACAAAUACUAGACAAGCCCUUGAAGACUUUUUGUUAUGCAGUGUAUAAAAUAAUUGAGAUUAUCAAGGACUGCAUUAACAAAGCUUUGGUAUUUGAAGAAGAAGAUUUUCAAAGUGUCACCUAUGGUUAUAGAUUACAGCAAGACAUUACAGAACAGAAAACAAUAUCAAUGUUACGAGAAGUAGAGGAAGAGCUGCACAGAAAGAGCAGAAUAAAACUUGUGGAUGUUGAAUCUGAAAAAGAGUAUAAUGAUGGAAUAGCACUGUAUGCAAGAAUUCGAUUUACCAAAAUGUUCUAUCAAGUAUUAACACUAAUGGGUCGGAAACAACAGCUGCAGCAAAAUUUAAGCGAUUGUCAAAGACUAUUAUCAAAUUGCGCUGAUAUGCUUAACAUCAUGAUCGUAACAGUAAAUCGUGGAGAAAAAGCAGAUGAAGUUUCUAAUUAUCCAAACAUUAUGGGAUUCGAUCCGAUGGUGAAUCAACGAUUACUACCACCAACGUUUCCUCGAUACACCAAAAUUAAGCCAAGGAUUGAUACUCUAGAAUAUCUAAUGGAACUGAUAAACAGAUUUAAAAUGGUUACCAAGAUCACCAAUCACACCGGAUUUCACGCAGCCUUGGACUUUUUCUUAGAAUUCUCGCGUCAGAGUCCAUGCAUAUUGUCUAGAUCCAUGUUGCAAAUUGUUUACUUGCCUUCUACUAAUCGUGUCUUUGGUGUGCACAACUUUGCCGACGUUUUAAGAGAUGCCGCGCGUAAUUUCAUUGCGCCACCUGCGUUGAUGCCAAAAAGUACAUUGCUUCAAAAUCAUCAGGCCAAGGAAUAUGUCGACAGCUUUCUGUCUCACUGUGUUACUCUAUUUGGAAACCUGUUACAACUUAGUGGACAUAAUAGAGCAAGGCAGAGAGAUAAGUUGGCACAUUUAUUAGAAGAUUUCGCGACAUUGCAAGAUGAAGCAGAAAGAGUCGACGGAUAUUUGCACACUCUAUCUUUGAAGAACGAUCCACCUAGAGCUCACUUGGCUUGUUUCGGUACUUGGAUUUUGUACCACACAUUACGUGUAAUGGUCAUGUAUCUUCUAAGUGGUUUUGAGCUUGAGUUAUAUUCAGUGCACGAAUAUCACUACAUCUUUUGGUACCUGUAUGAAUUUUUGUACGGCUGGCUUGUAUCCGCAAUUACGCGAGCCGAUACGAUUUUAAUGGAACAGGACGUGCACAACGAUAUGCAUAAGGGCAGAGGUGGCAAGAAAAGUUCUAAAAAUAAGAAAAAGAAGUCUACUCCAAGGCCAUACAAUUUAGAAAUAAUGAUGUACCAGGCAUUGCAAAAUAUAUGUGGCGGAUAUUAUAAAGCUCUAGUCGGUUUCCGUAUGGACGGAAAAAUACCACUUCCAGAGAUGCAGUUUGAUUCCGAGCGAGUGAGAUACGAGCACAGAUUAUUGCCGUUUUCAACUUUGAUGACGCCACCGCCUGUGCACUAUCAAGAAUUUCUUGAUAUGACAAACGCGCAAAUGCAUAAAAGAAAUGAAAAAGUAACUAGUGAAAUGCAGUACGUUGCCGGUUGCCGACAUUUUCAUCAAGCUAGAAAUAUGUUAGAGCGCGCGUUAUUGCUUUAUCCAUCAAAUAGUUUAAUGGAAAACGAAAUUAACAACUUGUUGAAAGUAGCGAAAACGAACUUUGUGGUGCUGAAGCUAUUGGCUGACGGACACAAAAAGGACUCGAAAGAACCGCCAGUCUUCGAUUUCUCUUGCCAUCGGCAUUUUCCUUUAAUUAAAAUAACUUAAAUUACAUAUUGUUACUUUUUUUUAUAUCGUAAAGAGAAAAUGUUAUUUAUUUUUUCUGUCACAUAGAAAAAUGUCUGUCUCAUUUGAAAUGCUUUGAAAUGAUGAUCUCUAUACAUAUUUUUACCCUCCGUCAUUCGAUACAAAAAUAACAAACAAAUUUUUUUGAAAGAUUUUGAUUUUAAUUUA